CGGGCCGCGAGUGCGAGCGAGAGGACUGCUGUGGUGUGGCUGUGUUAUUUCAGAUUCUGAAAUAAAUCCGCAUUAAAUCGAAUUGAAUCGACUUUUAUCAGAGUCGAGACUUUCCCCAUAGUUGAUUAGUAAUUAAAAAUAAAAAAAAAAAACGGGCGCAGCCAGCUCUUAAACCCGCCCUAUGGACGAAAACGGUGCCGUUUUUUGGGAGCCCUCGUAGCCCCCGACUCGCCGUCUCGAUAUUAGUUUGCUCGCCCCAAAACGAAAGGACUAACAGGAACACCAGCGACAAGGAACGACCAACGGAAAAACAAGUUUGAGAGCCAAUAAACAAAGGAUAUAACGCACUGGGCAGCACCACGCAGAAGGCAACGGUAGCGGCAUCGGCAGCAGGAUAAAGAAAAAUCAUAUUUUUUUGAAGCUGGAACAGGAGGAGCAGCAGCAGCAGCACGAUAACGAGCUUAGGAGCCGCAGGAGCAGCAAGCAAGUAACCAUACCAGAGCGACGUUAACCAAUGGGCACCAAUUCGGGAGCCACCGCUGGCAUAAAUAACAAGCCGGUUGGCGGCGGUGCGGGAGCAGGCGUCCUUGGCGGUGUUAAUUCGUCGAUCGGCGGUGUAUUAUCCAACAGCCUGGGCGGCGGAGGAGGCGGCGGCAGUGGCGGUCUGAGCAUCAGCGGUCUCAACGCUGGUGGGCAGAACGCCAAUGUGGGCGGCUUGGUCACCGGCAUGGGAAACGUUGGCGACGAUAGCAAUAACGGUAUGGCCGGUGGCGGCGGACCAAACAAUCAGCAGGCAACAACGCCCCAAUACACAAUACCGGGCAUAUUGCACUUCAUUCAGCACGAAUGGUCGCGUUUUGAACUGGAGCGCUCACAAUGGGACGUGGACAGGGCCGAAUUGCAGGCUCGCAUCGCUAUGCUCCUUGGCGAACGCAAGUGCUUGGAAAGCCUCAAAUCUGACCUGACGCGCCGCAUCAAAAUGCUGGAGUACGCCCUGCGUCAGGAGAGAGCCAAAUUUUAUCGGCUCAAAUACGGCACCGAUCCGCCGCAACUUAAUGAGUUCAAGCCCUCGAACGAGGAUGCAUCUUUGGCCGGUGAGGUGGCCACCGAUUCGGAGGUACCAUACAGCAGUGUUUCCAACACCACGUGGCGACAGGGCAGACAAAUGUUGCGCCAAUAUCUGGCCGAGAUCGGCUACACAGACAACAUCAUCGAUGUACGCUCGAAUCGAGUGCGUUCGAUCCUUGGAUUGAAUAAUAAUGCAGAGCAUGAUGGCAGUGGCGGUGGACUGGGCGGAUUGGGUGGUGGAACUGGUGGCACUGGCACUGGCACCGGUGGCGAGAACCUCAAUCCGAACAUCAAUGGAAACGAGAGCAACAAACGCGCCUCGGAGACAGAAGGCCGUCAUACUCCCGCUAAAAAAGUGCAACAAUCGAUCGACGAGAUCAUCGUGGACACCGAGGCGGCUGUGAUGGCGAACUUUGAGUUCCUGGGCCCCAAUGAGAUGUCCGAUGAUGACGAAAUAUCCGACGACCUGGAAAUGGUGGCAACCGACAAUGAUGACACAGAUGUCAAAAUGGCCAAGAGGGCCAAAUCUGGCAAGGAUAUGCUAACCGAAGAUCUUGAGGCCGAAGUGGGAGAGCAGCUCUUGAACGAAAUGAAUCUUAUGAACGAAGAGGUGGACGGCUCCCUGGGACUGGGCGAGCUGGCCCAGCUAACGGUCAAUAAUGAAUCAGAUGGAGCUUACGACACAAACUCUAAGGAUGGUACUGGCGGCAGUGCCGGCGGUGCUGGUUACCGCAAAACCUGGAACGCCAAAUAUACACUUCGCUCCCACUUUGAUGGCGUACGCUCGUUGAUUUUCCAUCCGGAGGAGCCGGUACUGAUCACCGCCUCUGAGGAUCAUACGCUUAAAUUGUGGAAUCUGCAAAAGACCGUACAGGCCAAGAAGUCAGCCAGCCUGGACGUAGAACCGCUAUACACGUUCCGUGCCCACACUGGCCCUGUUUUGUGUUUGGGGAUGUCGCCCAGCGGCGAGACAUGCUACUCAGGUGGAUUGGAUGGCAAUAUUGAAUGCUGGCAGCUGCCAUCACCGAAUAUCGAUCCGUACGACUGUUAUGAACCGAACGUACACUCCGGCACCCUCGAGGGUCAUACAGAUGCCGUAUGGGGCCUGACCACGAUGCAGAGUAAUAUUGUGUCUUGCUCGGCCGAUGGCACUGUCAAGCUGUGGUCGCCGUUCAACAAAGAGCCACUGCUACGCACUUACUCGGCAUCGGAGGCAGAGGGUGCGCCCUCGUCGGUGGACUUUGUGCGGAAUGAGGUGGAUCACAUUGUGGUGGCGUACAACAGUGCACACUGCAUCGUCUAUGAUACGGAAACGGGCAAGCAAGUGGUGCGGCUGGAGGCGGCGCAAGAGAUGUCCGGCAAUACGGGGAAGUUCAUCAACAAAGUGGUAUCGCAUCCGACACUACCCAUCACGAUUACGGCCCACGAGGAUCGUCAUAUUCGCUUCUGGGACAACACAUCCGGUACACUGAUCCAUUCAAUGGUGGCGCAUUUGGAGCCAGUUACCUCGUUGGCCGUGGAUGCGCACGGUCUGUAUUUGUUAUCCGGCUCGCAUGAUUGCUCGAUACGGCUGUGGAAUCUGGACAAUAAAACGUGCGUGCAGGAGAUAACAGCGCACCGCAAGAAGUUCGACGAAAGUAUAUUCGAUGUGGCCUUCCAUGCCACCAAGCCGUAUAUCGCCAGUGCCGGGGCUGAUGGCCUCGCCAAGGUGUUUGUCUAAAAAAAAAAAAGGAUAAUAGAGACGAACACCACAAUCACAACCGACAACCACAACCACCACCACCACCAUGCACACCCAACGGAUAGUAAGAAUUCAGAAUUCCGAAUAGAGUAUCCAGAAGAAGAAAAAGAAAAAAAAAACCCGUGUGUGCAGGAAUAAGUCUGCAGGAUGUUCUGUACGCAGUUGCAGGAUGCAGAAACCACAGCCAGCAGCUCACAGCUAAGCGAUUACGAGUUCAAGUUAAAUAAUUAUACAUACAUUAUAUAUAUAUAAA